UUCUUGCAACACAUUCAACUUAUGAUUUCAUUUCCAAAAUGCGGGUGAUCUCUGCUCAGCCAGAAGGGGCGAUCAGCUAGCACUGGCGCCAUGGCGGACGAGACUUCGAACAAACAAGGGGAAUGGCGGCAUUGACAGCGACAUGCUCAAGAGUCAAGACCACAACGUUCAUGUCUCUUUCAGGCUCAGAGCUUGAGGGUGCUGACAAGGAUUUGGAAUUCUCCCCAGGUUUCCUUGGUUUGGCCUUUCUGAUCUAGCAGGUUCUGUAGAUUCAUACCCAGCUUUCCAGCAAGGAGACCGUAACUCAAAAGAUCUACUUGAUAGCAGUCAUUCUGAGAAUUGCACUGCCGGAGAAGCUUGAGAUCUGGAACAGCUUUUAUGCCAGCUGGGUUUGAGUAGGCGUCCACUUACUUGGAGGGUUUGGCAUCAUGGUGGCCACCGGUGUAGGCAUCCUGGCGGGGUUCUGUGCUGGCAUUGCAGAGAUUCUGAUUGGCCACCCCUUCGACACCGUCAAGACCCGCCUCCAAACACAGUCCCGCGGCGCCGAGCUCGGCCCCUCUCCUUUCCGUGGCCCUUUCCACUGCGCCGUCUCUAGCAUCCGCUCCGAGGGGCUCGCCGGGCUCUACCGGGGUCUCGCCGCCCCCCUCUUCCAAAGUGCGAUUGGCGUGGCGCUCCUUUUCGGGGCCAUGGAAACGCUGCGGGGGGCGCUCGGGGCCAGCCUAAAAGCGCCCCACAUGCUGAUUGUCGCGUGCUGCAUCAUUGGCUUCUGCGAGAGUUUGCUGUACUGCCCCCUGGAUCACAUCAAGACGAGGUUGCAAGUGUCGAGGGGGGGACGGCGGGGGCCGCGGACGGGGGUGCUGAAAGAGGCGCAGCUGGGGGGUGGGGCGAUGGAAGGGCAGCUGGCGGCGGUGCAGAGGUGCGGGCGGGAAAUCGUGCAACACAAGGGGUGGCUAGGGCUUUACCAGGGGUGGCCGCUGCAGCUUGGGAAAGAGUGCACCGGUAACAUUGCGCUCUUUGCGACCUACGACCUGGUUCUACUUCUGCUCACGGGGAGCACGGAGGUGCCGCACGGGCCGCGCGUGGGGGGAAGGAUGCACGGGCACAUGCCAGCUGGCAGCGAGUGGUUGGCCGUGCUGCCGGCGGGCAGCCUGGCGGGCAUGGCGUAUUUUGCGGCGAGCUUUCCCUUCGACACGGUGAAGAGCAAGGUCCAGACGGAUUCACUGGUGCAGCCUCGAUACAAGAACUCGCUGCACUGCUUCCAACGGACGUUGCGGGAAAAGGGGGGCUGGAAGGAGCUCUACAAGGGGCUGUCUUUGUGCCUGCUACGAGCAAUUCCGGGAAGUGCGGUCCAGUUUAUAGUCUUCGAAGUGGUCUGUGGAUUCCUGAUGACGCUGAAAGAGAUGGAGACGCUGAGACCAAACAACAUGGAUGAUCACCUGAAUGCUCUUCACAUGAUGUACUGAUAAGCUGAUCCUUUGGUGUUCUGGUGUCAGUUGUUGGCAAUCCGAUCGGGUCCGACCGAUCAAUCAGAUUGCGGAUUUCAAUCUGACCGUUCUGAAACUGGGGCCUA